CGAGUAGAUUAAUAAGAAACGAUUAAUAAACUGCUCGCUGGGUUCGUUGUAUUCUUGCGACACUGCUAUUGACAUACUCCUGUCAGAUAGUUUUCCGAGACGCUACAGCCAAUUUAUAGACUCCUUUGACUAUUUAUGGUCGAAUCAUUAGAUUUUAUAUCGGUUAUACCAGUUUUAAUUACUCCGAUAUUGUAUAUGUAAUAAUCUGAGUUAGGAAAAUUAUUAAAGGGAUUUGUAACAACAAAUAAGAGACAGCUAUUUCCAAAAUGUCAGCGUCCGAGACAGUAGUGAUUUUUGCGAAGCUAGAAGCUCUGAAAGACAUCAGAUCAAAGACUCUUCAGUUGGAGAAAUUGAAGCAAAGGAUAUUGCAAGAAGUGGAGCAGACCGAGCAGGAAGAGAAAUGUUUAUUGGAGUAUAAACAAGAAAUGGACCUGCUGAUGCAGGAAAAAAUGGCACAUGUAGAAGAGCUACGUCAGAUACAUGCAGAUAUUAAUGCGAUGGAAUCAGUGAUCAAGCAGGCAGAGGAAGCACGUAACAGAGCAAGGGAAACUGCUAAGCUGAUUCAUAAUAAUGAUUAUCAACCGUUGAAGCACGACAUUGACCGUAUGCGCAGAGAAAUUUUGGGCUUGGAAAGGUUACCAGAAUUGUACGAGACUGAGGCGGAUCUUAUCUCUCCUGAACGCUUUUUUCAUAGCUACUUCGAACGACCAAUGCAGAAGGCGGAAUGGAGAGUAGAGGUACGAGGUGACGAAUUGUUGCCGCAAUUAGGACUGCACCAUCCCGGACAUCCGGGUGGUUCCACGCCCUUCCUAGCGCCGCAGCCGCUUCAAGGGCCAAGCAAACCAGAACCCAGACCAUUACCGCCAGCCCCGGGGCCGCCGGCUCCAACAUUCAGGUACCACUGGCAACAACCGCCACCCAUGAAGUCAUGCCUCUCGUGCCAUCAACAAAUUCAUAGAAAUGCUCCAAUUUGCCCGCUGUGCAAAGCAAAAUCACGUUCACGUAAUCCUAAGAAACCAAAGAAAAAAGAUUAAUCGUAAUUAGAACUAUUAUUUAUAUGAGUAUAAUCUGCAUUUUUACAAUUCACCAUAAGAAUCUGCAUCUAUUAAUCAUUUUUGUAAUCCAUAGCGUCUAUGCACUAUUACCGUAUCAUUAGCAUUUGUAAGGGAUAGCACAGCAUCCAUAAGAAUCUACGUUUACGUAAUAUGUCAAUUUUGUAACGACAGCUUUUUUUUAGAUUCCAAGAUUUAUUAAGUGUAUCCGAGUUAAGAAUGUAUAAGACGGAAAGUAUGAAAUAUAACCAAAUAAUUUCUAUACUACUGUAGAAUAAAAUUGAGAAUUUAGUAUUUGGCGACUCACUUGAUUUUUAAUCAAGUUUGAUAUUCGUUUUUUUAUCGUUUGAUUUGUAAUCGUAAAAAGCAAUAAAUAUAAUAUAUUGUUCCAAGAAU